UAGCUUUACAGAUAUUACAGACUUAGCCGCUGUCAUAUCCGCUGAUACAGUCGAUGCUAUGAAGCGAUUUGCUGUACCAUUGGCAAAACCUUACCCGAGUGUAUAAUGCCGUUUUUGUUGCACGAAAAUUCAGGGCUUGCCGGAGAGCCGUCACGAAUUUUGGGAUCCUUUUUCGCUGUUGACAAAAAAUUACAAGGUGGUGACCCACUUUUCAAUGUCAACACAAAUGUCUCGACUCAUUCGACCAGCUAUAUUCCGAGCACAACCUACAGUCUUUGCUGCUCCACGCGUAGAGAAUCAGCGUCUAUUCUCUUGCACAAGCCGACGAUGGAACGAAGAAAAACCCGAAGCAACAGCAGCAGCAGACGAGGUACCACAAGAAGAGCAACAAACCGAAGAACCAGAACCUGUCAAAUUGUCCCGCAGACGACGACGAUUUCAUGAAUGGGCUCGUGAGGGUGGAGGUGCCCGUUUUGCACGACCAUCGCAAGGAACAACAAACUAUUUGAGUACAACGCCCUUCCCUUCGAACCCUCUAUUUCAACCUAGACCUCCAUUGACCGACGCAGCUCGUCAAGAAAUCUAUGACACAUUUACUGAAAACCCUGAAGACUGGUCUAUCCGUAAAUUGGCUACCAAGUAUGGUAUCUCGAUGCGACGUGUGGAAGCUGUUCUGAAGUUGAAGGAAGCUGAAAAGGAAUUGGAAAUGAAUGGCGUUGCUCUUCAAAAGAAAUUCGCAAAGGGAAUGGAGAAGCUUAUGGGUGCUGAUCAGUCUGUUACUCCGUUAAUUGAACCUCUUGUGGAUAUCUUCCCCAAGGUGAAGAAACCCACGUUCAGUUUAGUGGAAGAAGAUGCCGCAUUUACAGAGCAGGAUGCGGCCAAAGCAUUGAAUCGACAACCAUACAAAGUACUUGAAGAGCGAGCAAUUGCUCGGGAAGAAGCAAAAUUCGCAAACACACGAUCAAACGCAUCACAAGCACCAACAAACUCAAAAAAGAAGACAUUUGUUAUUGUGGACACCAGUCGCUAGAGUAUCAUUCUUAACAGCCUUUAAAAAAACCUGUACCUAUUAGAUCUUUGUUUGGGAAUUUUGAGUGAAUGAAGUGCAUUAGUUAUCGAAUUUAUUUCAUAUUAUUAAGGAAACGUGCUUCUACUAAGCUUAUGUACUUCUUCAGUUUCUGACGAGAAUCGCCAUCCAAAAGACUUAUCAUCGAACGAAUCAUCACCCUCACUAUCUUAAAAGUUGUCAUGAAAUAUUUGUUGCACUGUUAGUAUCUUAACAAUGGGGAUAUUGUUCUGUACACUAAAACUGCUUGAUUAGUCGAUAAAUUCAUCUUAUUCGAUAAGUAAAGCUGGUUUUCGAUUUAUAAUGAUAUACGCAUAUAUAUCAGUAG